UGAUAAAUGAUAAUAAUAUAAAUUAUAAACUUUGGGUACUUGGGAUCAGGGUACUCGGUAGUCGGUGUCGACCUCGGAUUAUUGGAUUGUCCAAUAUUUUAAAUUUUCAGUCUAAAAUUCAAUAUAUUCGUUUCAUUAAAAACCCUAAACAGAUCAAUCAGAAAAUUAUUAAAUUUUUGAAAAAUAUAAUAUCAGGCAUAAUUUGAAUGAAAACACAAUGAAGUGUUUUUAUGAAGUGUUGGAAGUGUCACGCGAUGUCUCUGCUGAUGAUUUGAAAAAAUCUUAUAAGAAAUUAGCAUUGAGGUGGCAUCCGGACAAAAAUCCAGAUAGUGUUGACGAAGCUAAAGAACAGUUUCAAUUAAUUCAGCAAGCAUAUGAGGUACUAGGUGACCCACGUGAACGCCAGUGGUAUGACAACCACCGAGAGUAUAUUAUUAAUAGUGGCGAUACACCUGUUAAUGAACUUAAUCUUUUUAAGUAUUUUUCACCUUCUUGUUACAAAGGUUUUGGUGAUGAUGAUAAAGGAUUUUAUUCAGUAUACCGUGAGGUAUUCAAUACUUUAUUGGUCGAAGAAAGUGUUUAUUUUGAAGUAGAUCCUGAUGAUAUUCCAACAUUUGGUCGAUCAGACAGUGACUAUACUGAUAUUGUGCGACCAUUCUACAACUUUUGGUGUGGUUUCAAUACACAUAAACCAUUUGGAUGGUUAGAUGAAUAUGACAUACGACAAGCCCCCAACAGACGUGUAGUCAAAUUAAUGGAAAAAGAAAAUAAGAAGAUUCGCGAUAAAGCUAAGAAAGAGCGUAAUGAUAAGAUACAAGCAUUGAUAGAAUUUGUACGUAAACGUGAUAAACGAUUAAAAGCAUAUGCCGAGACUCUUAAGUUAAAAUCAGCGGAAAACAGUAAGAGAAUCGAAGAAGCAAGACGAAAAAGAAUAAAAGAUAAACAAAAAGAAAUGGCCAAUUAUAAAGAAUCUGAUUGGUCAAAGUUUUCUAAUGUAGAAGAGGAAUUAAAAGUAAUUGAAGAAAGCCUUAUUGCUGAAUACGGUAGUAGUGAUGAAUUUGAUUCAGAUGAUGAAACGGCUAACUGCUUAUACUGUGUGGCUUGUAAUAAAGUAUUUAAAACAGAAAAAGCAUUUCAAAACCAUGAAAAGUCUAAAAAGCAUAAAGAAAAUAUCGACUUUAUUAAAGUCGAGAUGUUGAAUGAUGAAAAACUGCUUAUUGAUGAAGAAUCUGAUAAUAAUAAUAGUUCUGAUGACAACAGGCAAAGUCAUUCUGAUGAAGAAAGUGCUGUAGACGAAGCAGAAUACGAUAGUUCUAAUAGCAAUGAGGAGUCUUGCAACAGUUUAAGUAGUGAAACUGAAGCUAAGGAAUUUAAUAAAAAUAAAAUAAAAAAUAUCAAUCUAUUAAAUGUUCAAAAUGAUAUUGAUACAGAUGAUGUAUUAGAAGCUGAUUUAAGUAGUGAAGAAGAAACAGCAAAUAUAAAAAGAAAACCAAGUAAAAAGAAAAAGAAACAUUCACAGACCUUUGAUGAAGUUAAUGUAUUAUACUGUUUGACAUGUGAUCAGUCUUUUAAAACUGAAAAAGCUUUACACAAUCAUCAGACAUCUAAAAAGCAUAAAGACAAUGUUGUGCUGAUAAGUGCUAAAAAGACUAACGAUGAUGAUCAUAAUCCUAUACCUGAUGACACCGAUAAUUAUUCAGUGCCAGAAGUGGAGACCGAAGUAGCAUCGAAAGAGAAUCAACCUCAAGAAGAACCAACAGCAGAAAAGUCAACGAAAAACAAAAAAAAACAAAAAAUAGUUGAAACCCCCAAAAUCAAAAAGUCCAAUCAUGCGUGUGGUGUUUGUUCAUCAGUAUUUUCAUCAAAAAACAAACUACAUCAACAUUUAAAAGAUGCAAACCACGCAGUUCUAAAAACAGAAGUUGUAAAUGAUCGCAAGUGUAAAAAAAAAGGAAAAUAAUUACUAUAGUAUCGCAUUUUUUUUUUUUUUUAUGUGUUUUGGUGGAUUAAUUAAAAACUUUUUAUAUGUUUAGUAUAA